GCUGAGAGAAGAGGCCGGGGUUAAAGUCUGAGAGCGGUGACUCGCAGAACCGUCCCUUCAUCCCUCACGCAUUUUCCUGUAGGGAAAGGUGGACACGCCGGAGUCAGAACCUCCAUGGGGCAACUUUUUUUUGGUGUAGAAACAGGUUGCAAGAUGAGUGGGGGAAGGAGACAGAAAAGCAAAUCCCUAAGAGUUCCUUCAGAAACGUGUUGGAGAAAGGUGGAAAAGCGGCACCGUGGGGAAUGAAGAGGAAAGGAAGACAGAAACAGGACAAGCAGGAUCACAGAGCGGCCGGUCAGAGCUGCGUCCACCUGGAGGAUGGUUAUGGACUUGGGAGAAAUUGUAAGUUAAGUCUGUCUACCCUCUGACCAGAUGUCCCAAGAGACAUUCCACUCAUUUCCUGGGUUUGAAUGAUGGGGUUUUGGAAGCGUUGUCUCUUUUGUGUGUCUCUGGCCACCACCCUGAUUUUCGUGUUUGUUUGCAACAAGUUAGGGGAGAAUAAAAAUUUCCAGCAAGCUUCCAUAUCCAAUGCUUCACUAUUAUCAGAAGUCUGUCACCAGAUUUUUAAGGGGAAGAGUUUUUACCCUAAAAAGAACGCAUUGAAGAGUACCUUCAAUGAAACCACCUGUCCUGAUUACGUGGCUCAGAGUCACUACAUCACAGAAACACUCUCUGAAGAAGAGGCUGGCUUCCCCUUGGCUUAUGUGAUGACCAUCCACAAAGACUUUGGCACUUUUGAGAGACUCUUCAGGGCUAUUUACAUGCCCCAAAAUGUCUACUGUGUUCACAUGGACGAAAAGGCGACAGAUACUUUUAAAGGCUCGGUGGAACAGUUACUGAGCUGCUUCCCAAAUGCUUUUCUGGCUUCCAAGAUGGAGCCCGUGGUCUAUGGUGGGAUUUCCAGGCUCCAGGCUGACCUGAACUGCAUGAAACAUCUUGUGGCCUCAGAGGUUCCGUGGAAAUACAUCCUCAACACCUGUGGGCAAGAUUUCCCCCUGAAAACCAACAGGGAGAUCAUUCGGCAUCUGAAGGGAUUUAAAGGGAAAAACAUCACCCCCGGGGUGCUGCCCCCAGCUCACGCAAUUGGGCGGACUAAGUAUGUCCACCAGGAGCUGCUAAACCGAGAAGAUUCCUACGUGAUUAAAACCGCAAAGUUGAAAACGGCGCCUCCUCACCACAUGACCGUUUACUUUGGCUCUGCCUAUGUGGCCCUCACAAGGGAAUUCGCCAACUUCGUCCUUCAAGACCCGCUGGCGCUUGACUUAUUGUCCUGGUCCAGGGACACGUACAGUCCUGACGAACACUUCUGGGUCACACUCAAUAGGAUUCCUGGUAUGUAUAUCUCUUAACUUUUGCUGUUAUGAAUAAACAUCGCAUGGCCAAUACUGAAUUAACCACUAAAAAAUAAGUUUUUAAAAAUUAGCACCUUCAUAAAGAUCUUUCUUCGUGUGAGUUCUGUCCCUGGGUCAGGAAGAUCCCC